AUGAUAAUAUUUAAAUAUUUAAUUUCAUUAUUAUUAUUAUUUAGUUUAAUUAGCAAUGUCUUUUGUAUCAUCAAAGUAAAUCCAAGUAAUCAAUUUUUUAUUGAUGAAUAUAACAGAGUAAGACUAUUCCAUGGGGUCAAUGUAGUUUAUAAAAUACCACCAUUCCAUCCAUCAUUAGGCGAAUUUGAUCCAGUAACAUCAUUUAAUCAAGAAGAUAUUAAUAAUUUAGAAUCAUGGGGUUUUAACGCUGUUAGAUUAGGUGUUAUGUGGCCAGGUGUAGAACCAGAGUAUGAUCAAUUUAAUCAAACCUAUUUAUCAAUUAUGAAGGAAUUAGUCGAACAAAUGGCAGAAUCAAAUAUCUAUACCCUUAUAGAUUUUCAUCAAGACUUAUUAAGUAGAAAGUUCUGUGGUGAAGGUAUUCCAGAUUGGGCUGUAAAUUUUACAAAUACCGACAACUUUCCACUUCCUGUAGCUAAAACCUAUCCAAAAAAUAGUCAAAGUUACCCAGAUUUAAACCAAUGUCUAAAUAAAGAUUUUGGUGUUUAUUAUUUUUCAAAAGAUGUAGGAGAAUUAUUUCAAAUGCUUUAUGACAAUACAAAUGGACUACAAGAUCAAAUGAUUGACUAUUGGAGAGUUUUAGUAAAGACUUUUAUGGAUUUAGAUACAGUCUUAGGCUAUGAAAUUAUUAAUGAACCUUGGGCAGGAGAUAUCUAUGAAAACAUAGAAUACAUCUUAAAACUAGGUUAUGCAGACGAAAAGAAUCUUUUACCAUUAUACCAAGCAGUUAAUCAAGCCAUUAGAGAAAUUGAUCAAGAACAUUGUGUUUUUUAUGAAAAAGCAUUAACCGACCUUAUCCAUUCACGUUUCCCAGCCGGAACUCCAGGUGGUGUAGAAUACAACGAUAGACAAGUUUUAAGCUACCAUAUAUAUUGUGGUACCACCAGACAAGGUAAUCCAAGACAUACUUCAGUUUGUGAUGGAGAAGAAGAUCUAUUCUUUGAAGGUGCCAUGGAUGAUCUUAAAAGAACUGGUGGUGGUGGCUUUAUGACCGAGUUUGGUGCAGUUUCAAAUGAAACCAAUUCAAUUGACAUGUUAAACUAUUUAACAGGACACGCAGACAAAUAUUUACAAAGCUGGACCUAUUGGCAACUAAAAUACUAUAACGAUAUUACCACAGCAGGCUCAACCGAAUCACUUUAUUUACCAAAUGGCGAAUUAGAUAUUCCAAAGAUCACUGCACUUAGUAGAACCUAUGCACAAGCUAUUGCUGGUGUACCCCAAGCAAUGAAAUAUGAUACUACCGAUGCCACAUUCACACUAACCUAUACUAUAGAUACAACCAUUACCCAACCAACAAUAGUUUAUUUAAACGAACAGCUUCAAUAUCCAAAUGGCUAUACUGCUAAAAUUACUCAAGGCACUGCCACUCUUGAUCAAUCCAAGACCAAUUAUAUUUUAAUUACACCAUCAUCAGCUACCCAAAAUCAAUCAACCAUUACAUUAACAGUAACUAAAAAUUAA